AAUAAACAUCAAUGCCUUGUUUUAGGUUUACGAAGGGGAAAGAGCCAUGACCAAAGAUAAUAAUAUCUUGGGGAAAUUUGAAUUGACUGGUAUUCCGCCUGCUCCCAGAGGAGUCCCUCAGAUCGAAGUGACCUUUGACAUUGAUGCCAACGGCAUUCUCAAUGUGUCUGCAGUGGACAAAAGCACCGGAAAGGAGAACAAGAUCACCAUCACUAAUGACAAAGGUCGACUGAGCAAGGAAGACAUUGAGCGCAUGGUGCAAGAAGCAGAACAGUUCAGAUCUGAAGAUGAAGCCCAGAGAGACAAGAUCACUGCCAAAAAUUCUCUUGAGUCUCUGGCCUUCAACAUGAAGAGCACAGUGGAGGACGAGAAGCUCCAAGAAAAGAUCAGUCCUGAGGACAAAAAGACCAUCACAGAUAAGUGUAACGAAGUAAUCGCCUGGCUGGACAGGAACCAGACAGCUGAGAAGGAAGAGUAUGAGCACCAACAGAAAGAGCUGGAGAAAAUUUGCAACCCAAUAAUCUCUAAGCUGUACCAGGGGGGAAUGCCAGGAGGAAUGUCGGAGGAAUGCCUGGGAGGAAUGCCAGGAGGAAUGCCAGGAGGAAUGCCAGGAGGAAUGCCAGGAGGCUUCCCUGGCGGAGCCGGAGCUGGUUCUUCCUCUGGCCCAACCAUUGAGGAAGUCGACUAAAUAUGAGCAAUAAGCACAACAGUUACUUAUCUUAGCUUGAUUACAUGUACUGGCUGUUCAAACCAUGCAUUUUGUGGCAAAUGGGCACACCAUAAAAAUUCAACUUAUAUUUGCUCUACAGCAUUACUCUUAGUGUAAUGAGCUAUUGCUGAAAUAGCAACAGGCUCCUUCUUGCCAGAAAGAGUCUGGGUCUCUGAACUUUGUCCCUUUCAGACAUAAUUGCAAAUCUUUAUAGAGAUGUUUUAGAGGCCAGCACAAAUACGUUUGUACACACCUGUGAAGUAAAUAGUAAAGUAUGUAUGGUUCUCAACACUUUUGGCAAAUGUGAAGCAGACCCCUGAAUUAAAGUUUGCCCAACCAUAUUUCAAUGCAAGAGCUUUUUGUGAUAUCACUAUUCAAGCUUUGUAAAUUCAGAGACAUUUCAGAUUUUUUUCAGAAGAGCUCAAGCUUGGCUCCAUUGGAUGGACAGUCUUUGUAAACAACAUAUUCUAAUUCUAAUCAGAAGAAAAUCACAAUCACAAUUAAAUUUGACCUAUUCCAUUCAGACACAUGUGCUUUCAUUUGAACCGCUCCAUUUUCAGCUCUGUAUGUAUGUUUCUGGUCAUCGUCUUGCUGUAAAGUGACCUUCAACCCCAGUUUUAAAUUUUACAGGAGUCCUUCCAACAUUGCCUUGUAUUUAAGAACACAAUCCAUCAACUCUGUCCACUUUCCAAUCCCUACAAAGAAAAGCCUCCCCGCUGCACAAACUUACCACCAGCAUCACCAUAAGGCAAAAGGUUGAAUUUUUGGUCUGAUGUGACCAGAGUACCUUCUACCACAUAUUGAACUUGUUGCAAAUUGCACAGACAACUGAGAAAAAAUGUUCACUUUUGAAUAGUCAAACAUUUCAGACAGUCAUUCAGAUGAGUUAAACAGUGAGACAAAACAUGUUUAAA